AUGGGGAAUAAACAAAUAGAAGGAGAGGAUUAUGGUGAAACAUUUUCCCUAGUUGCAAAAAUGGGUACGGUCCGAUUGUUCCUCGAUACAGCCUUGAAGAAUGGUUGGAUGGUGCAUCAAAUGGAUGUGCACAAUGCUUUCCUCCAUGGCGACUUGGAAGAGGAGGUGUAUAUGCGGUUACCUCCAGGAUAUCAGUUGGACGAUAAAAACAAGGUGUGUAAGUUGAAGAAAUCGUUGUAUGGGCUCAAUCAAGCUCCAAGGUGUUGGUUUUCUAAGCUGGCAUCAGCUUUAUUAUCUUAUGGUUUUGACCAAGCGUUGGGUGAUUAUUCAUUGUUCACGUAUGAGAAAGGUAACACUCGAAUCCAUAUACUCAUCUAUGUUAAUGAUUUGAUAAUAGGGGGAAGUUGUCCAAAAGCUACGGAAGAGUUCAAAGAGUAUUUGUCUUCUUGCUUUAAGAUGAAGGAUUUAGGAGCCUUGAAAUACUUCUUAGGUAUAGAGGUUGCUCGGAAUGAAUGGGGGAUAUAUCUUUGCCAACGAAAGUAUGCCCUGGAUAUCAUCGCCGAGACUGGUUUGUUGGGGUCAAAACCAGUAGAAUUCCUGUUGGAAGAUCAUCACACUUUGGCCGUUUCCAAGUCUCCGUUACUGUCUGAUCCAAAGUCAUUUCGCAGAUUGUUAGGACGGCUAAUAUACUUGGGUGUUACACGUCCUGAUCUGGCAUACUCGGUUCAUGUGUUGGCACAAUUUAUGAAGGAACCAAGACAAGAUCAUUGGGAUGCAGCUAUUCGAGUUGUCAAAUAUCUUAAGUUUGAUCCAGGUCAGGGCAUUUUGUUGCGAUCGAAUACAGGGUUCCAACUCACAGGCUGGUGUGAUGCGGAUUGGUCACGAUGUAAACAGUCGAGGAGGUCAGUCACGGGUUACUUUGUUCAAUUAGGUGACUCACCUGUCUCUUGGAAGGCAAAGAAACAAAAGACUGUGAGUAGGUCUUCGGCAGAAUCAGAAUAUGGCAGAUUUAGUUCAAGAGUUAAUAUGGUUGAAGCGCAUGUUGGGUACUUUGGGAGUUAUGCACAUUCAACCAAUGUUUGUACAUUGUGA